UAAAUCUUGAUCUCACCUCAACCGUAGGUGGGGAUAAGGUAGAAGGUAGAAGGUAGUCUGGGCAAGCUUCGAGCCGCUGAACGGAAGCCAAUCUGCUUGAAUCCGGCAGAGUGCGAGCAGCCACAGUAUACAGUCUAAGAUAUCGACCCGACUGCCUUAACGUGUCUCUUAAUAUAACAAACAGCUAUACUUUCCUAAGAGGGGAAUAAUCUAAAGACAGACUAAGACUCACCAACUCUACUGUUGUUUAAUUACCAAGGUGUAAUAUAAUCCAUUCAUUUAUUUAAAUUAUUUUUGUUAAAUUUUUAGAUUUUUUCGUUGCUUUUAUCGGUAGAAUUUCAACAUUUAUGCUAUGAGUAAAUAUUUAUUUUUUGUGCGGGCGUGACAGUGACUAUGGAAGCGCGCCAAAUGUGCUGUUUAACAGAAAUUUAUUACUGCGAUUUUUUUUAUUGCAAAAAACUUAUUCAGUAGGUUUAUAAUUGUGGUAAAUAAAAAAUUAUUUUAUGAUAAUUUUUGAUUGAAAUUUGGAGCGAAUUUAUUUUAAAAAGAGUGGCUUAAAUCGGUGAUGAUGAUAGGCGGUAAUGUUUCAACACCGCCGGGUACUACCAAACCGGUAACAGCUUCUGUUAAUGAAAUAAUUAUUGUUGAUAAUAUAAGUAGUGCUGGUGGUGCUCACAGUGGUAGUGGAAGUGGCAGUGGGAGUCCAGUAACUACCGCGGUAACGCGAACAAACGAUGAUAGCGGAAGUUUUAAUAAUAAUAAUAAUAAUAAUAAUAAUAAUAAUAAUAAUAAUAAUAAUAAUAACAAUAGUAUUCGGAGUAAUAAUAACAAUAAUAAUGAAGAUACUGUGACGGAAAAUAAUAUUAGCAAUGGCAAUAGUAAAUAUUGCUGCCAGAUUAAUGAAACAACACCGGCUGAUGUCGGUACGACUGUUACAAGGCCCUGGGAGCCGCCGUCACCGACUUUAGAUCAAUCCCGGUCACGAUUGUUUCAAAUUCAUCAGAGUCAUCAUCAUCAUGCCAGUCAUCACCAUUCAGGGGUUUCAACAGUCUCAACUGCGCCGAUUGUUGAGAGUGUGAGCCUUCCCAAUUGCGCCACUGGGGCAUUCCCUGGUAACAGCAGUACAAUCAGUGGAGCAACACGUCAACGACUUCUUGAAUUGUCGCACGGGCUGGGUGCUCUUAGACAUUACAACGAUCUGGCAAACCAUGUGUUGUCGUUGAAUCAACAAGGAGCUGUUGUUACAAAACUUCUUGGAACUCUUCGACCCCCUGGCUUAAUUGGCGGUAGUAAACCCAAAGUUGCUACUCCGGCAGUUGUUGCUAAAAUUGAACAGUACAAACGAGAAAAUCCGACAAUCUUUGCCUGGGAAAUAAGAGAACGAUUGAUUUCUGAAGGAGUAUGCAGCAACGCAACAGCCCCGUCAGUAAGUAGCAUAAACAGAAUCUUAAGAAACCGGGCGGCAGAAAGAGCAGCAGCUGAAUUUGCACGAGCCACUGGAUACGGAUUGUACGCUGCUGGACCUCAUCCGUAUUUCAAUUCCGCUCACCAUCAUCCCACAACUCCUCAUCACCUUCCGGCGACUUGGCCAGCACCUGGAGCUCCAGGACAUCCGUGGAUGAUGCCACAAUUAGCUACUGGAAUAACUGGAGCCGCUUCAUCGCUUCUUCUUCCAACAUCUUUAAGUCCCGGAGCGACAUCCGCUUCAGCGGCUGCUGCCAAUUCAGAACAUGCACUUCGUGCUGCUGAUGUUAUUGCACGAGGUUAUAUGCAAGAUAAUGACGAUGACGGAAGCUUGGACGGUUCAGAGCAACCAAAAUUCCGGCGGAACCGAACAACCUUCAGCCCGGAGCAGCUCGAGGAACUGGAGAAGGAAUUUGAGAGAUCGCAUUAUCCAUGCGUGUCAACCCGAGAGAGAUUGGCCUCGAAGACAUCUUUAUCAGAAGCACGAGUUCAGGUUUGGUUUUCUAACAGACGGGCAAAAUGGCGACGUCAUCAGCGAAUGAACCUCCUGAAACGUUCACCACCGCCGCCAACCCAGCCUCCGUCGGUAUCGCAAACACCAACAUCAGGAUCUCCAGGUUCGCACGCGGUCUCUGGACCCGGAUUGGAUUCCUCCCACACAACAACUUCAAUCGCUGGGAUGGGUGGCAGGAACAGUGCAUUUCACGCUGUUGUGACAACAUCCUCGCCUAUAAUCGGAGACCGUGGCGACAUUAUCAAUCCUCAUUCCGUCCGGAAACCCAGCGCCUUCAGGAUGAUCAGUCAGCUCGUCGGCGAAGAUUUGCCUUCGCGUAACUCAAACUCCAAAAUAGAAUCAAGGUCUAGGCACCAUGAAACUGGUUCCGAGUCGGUUGACCUCAAGUCAUCGAACGAAGAUGAAGAUGAAGAGAUCGAUGUGCAGGACUCUGAUCAAGAAUUCACAUCGUCCUCACCAAUUGUCUGGAAAGAUCAGUGGAUCGACCAGCAACCUCUCGAACUUACGAAGCAUGGUCGUUAAUGCUUAUGCCCACAUUUUAUUAUUAUAAUUUUUUUUUUAUAUUUUUAAUUUAUUUAAGUGAUCUUGUAUAUAUUUAGAUAAAUAUAAAUAUAAAUAUGUGUUUGUUUUUUAUAUUAAAUAUAUAAAAAAAAAUAUAUUUUUAAUUUAUUUAAAUUCAUUUGUACAAUAAUAAUUUCUACUCAAAUAUUUGACUGAAUAAGAUAUGUAGUUAAAUUUAUUUUCAAUUUUUAUUAUUAUUAUAAUUAUUGUAUUAAAUUUAUUUAUUAUGUUCAAAUUGAUUAUGAAGGGAAAGGGAAAAGGAAACAUUUCAAAUGAUGUUACGUGUUCAGUCACAAUAAAUUUUUAAAAAUAUUUUCUUAUUAGAUUACAUUAGUGUAUUUUGGUUUAAUAUUAGUAUUAAUAUUGAAAUAAAUGUUUAGUUAAAAUGAUCGCCGUGAUAAAUUUAUGUGAUAAAAGUCCGGGGCAUAAUAAACAAUGAAUUUUUAAAUUGUUAAAUCUAAUUACUUGUUUGAUAAUUACAAUAAAUUAUGGUUAUCGUAUAACGAUCGAAAAUGCAAUAAAAAUAUUGGUUAAUGUUUUUUA